GAAUUUGAUAACAGAGUCCUCCUUUCUCAUCAUUAUUAGACCCACCUAUGAGGAGGAGUCAAAACCACAAGAACAACUUUACCCCAAACCAAGAGUUGGGAAAGAGGCACCGUCUCCUGUUGUUCAUUAGGACUGAGCGAAAAACAGCACUUUUGUGUGAUUGUGCAUGUCAUGACAACUACCUGGAGUCAUUCUUGGAUCAUUUGGCUUGCAUUUUCUUUCCUCAUUUGGAAUGUCACUUGCCAGCAACUCAAAAAGGCCAAGGCUCCCUUACUUCCGCACAAACCCUUCAUUGUUAUUUGGAAUGCUCCCACAGAGUCAUGUCGACUCAGAUUCAACGUCGACCUGGAUCUCAGUGUUUUUGACAUUGUGGCCAAUCAAAAUGAAACUCUAAGUGGUUCUAAUGUUACAAUCUUUUACCACACUCACUUAGGCCAUUACCCAUACUACUCUGAUGGAGGAGAUCCUGUCAAUGGUGGACUUCCACAGAAUGAAAGCCUGAAUAAGCACUUAAUCAAAGCCAAGUCUGACAUUGACAGAUUUAUACCAUUAAGGAACUUCAAAGGCUUAGGGGUAAUUGACUGGGAAAACUGGAGGCCACAGUGGGUUAGGAAUUGGGGAUCUAAGUAUAUCUACAGAAACAAAUCAAAAGAAAUUAUUAAGCAGCGUCACCCUCAGUGGUCAGAUCCAGAAGUUGAAAAGGAAGCAAAAGAAGAAUUUGAGAAGGCUGGUCAGACCUUCAUGAAUACAACACUUUUGCUGGCACAGAAAGAAAGACCCAAUGGACUAUGGGGAUUUUAUCUUUAUCCAGAUUGUUACAAUUAUGACUAUAAACAGCAUCCACAUAGCUACACAGGACAAUGUCCAUACAUUGAGUACAUCCGCAAUGACUACCUGCUUUGGCUUUGGAAAGGAAGCACAGCGCUUUACCCUUCCAUUUAUUUGGAUUAUGAAUUGAAGUCUUCACCCAGUGCCCUAAAAUUUGUCCAUUACCGAGUAAAAGAAGCCAUGAGGAUUUCAUCAAUUGCUCGAAAUGACUUUAUGCUGCCAGUAUUUGUUUAUUCAAGACCUUUUUACGCUUAUACUUUUCAUAUUUUGUCUGAGAUUGACUUGGUCCAUACCAUUGGCGAGAGUGCAGCUUUGGGUGCCGCUGGUGUUGUUUUGUGGGGAUCUUCAGAAUAUGGCAGUUCUGAGAGCAACUGCCGUGCAGUGAAAAAGUAUAUCGAUGGACCUUUGGGACACUAUGUCAUAAAUGUGACCUCGGCCUCUAAGCUCUGCAGCAAAGCCUUGUGUAAGAAGAAUGGGAAAUGUAUCCGAAAAGAUAUGGCUUUUGGUGCAUAUUUACACUUAAAUCCUACAUAUUUUAGAAUCUGGAAGAACUCUCAUGGAAAUGGCCCCAGCUUUUUGGUUCGUGGACAUCUGAGCAGAGAAGACAUCUUGUUCAUGAAGCAGAAGUUUACCUGUCAGUGUUAUCAGGGCUGGACAGGCGUGUUCUGUGAGCAGCCAGAACUCACUGACUUCACAAGUCACAGAGGAAAAAAAUCUUUUUCAUCAAAUAUUGUGGGUCCUACUUUGCAUGUUACAUGCAUGUUAUCUUUUGCUCUGUUCUUUUUCAUUUUGAUUUGCAAAUUUUUAUUUGCAUAGCUCUCCCCAAAAAUCCACACACACAUGUAUGCUGCCAUCCAUUUACAAACCUAUUUACUGAAAUACAUUUCAAGGUCAUGGGAGCAGGAGUCUGGACACAAGACAGGAAGCAACUCCAGAUGGCAUGCCAGUCCAUCAUAGGGCAAACUUACACGAAGUGAACCAAUUUCU